UUACACCGCAUUAAACAAUCCGAACCAUGCCAAGUAUUUGAACUGAAAUAAAUGAAAUCCACAAAGAAGUGAACUCCAAAAAAACUGAGGAAACUCUGAGAAAGUAAAAGUUUGAUUAAAUCAAGUAUUUAUUGGUAUUGUAGUGGAGGAUUUCUCUGCAUAUAUAGAAUUGUAGACUAGAGAUCAAUUCUUGCUAUACGCAUGGAUACUUUCCCUAGUCACAAAAGGGUCCAUCUGAUUGAUUAUAAAAGAUAACGGACUUAUGAAAAAUAUAAAACAAAUUGAGGGUCUAGACUGAAAUAAUGAGAGUAACGCCCAUUCCGUGUUAAGAAAGUGUUGAAGUGUCAUCUCCUUAUAUAAAUCAAAUCAAUAAAUUUGCAAGCUGUCGGGUGUUCAAACUCGCCGUUUAGUUUUACGUAAAUCUCGGAACGAGUUUUGCCUUAUUGGGAACUUGCUCCGUCGUUGAUUCAUUCCCUGUCAUAUUAGUUUACAUGGCAAUAGCUGCAGCUGUAAUAGUGCCUUUAGGCCUUCUCUUCUUCAUCUCUGGUCUCCUCAUGAACCUCCUUCAGGCAAUUUGUUAUGUACUCGUUAGACCCCUGUCUAAGAACACAUACAGAAAAAUCAACCGGGUGGUCGCAGAAACUUUGUGGCUUGAGCUUGUCUGGAUCGUUGACUGGUGGGCAGGAGUCAAGAUCAAAGUGUUUGCUGAUGAUGAGACCCUCAGUCGAAUGGGAAAAGAACAUGCUCUUGUCGUUUGUAAUCACCGAAGUGAUAUCGAUUGGCUUGUGGGAUGGAUUCUGGCUCAGAGGUCAGGUUGCCUGGGAAGUGCGUUAGCUGUAACGAAGAAGUCUAACAAGUUUCUUCCAGUCAUAGGCUGGUCAAUGUGGUUCUCAGAGUUUCUGUUUUUGGAAAGAAAUUGGGCAAAGGAUGAAAGCACAAUAAAGUCAGGUCUUCAACGCUUGAAAGACUUCCCUCAGCCUUUCUGGCUAGCCCUUUUUGUGGAGGGAACCCGCUUUACAGAGACAAAACUUAAAGCAGCACAAGAAUACGCAGCGUCCUCUGAGUUGCCUAUCCCUCGUAAUGUCUUGAUUCCUCGUACCAAAGGUUUUGUGUCAACUGUAAGUAAUAUGCGUUCAUUUGUCCCAGCCAUUUAUGAUAUGACCGUGGCUAUUCCAAAAACUUCUCCACCCCCAACAAUGCUAAGACUAUUCAGAGGACAGCCUUCUGUGGUGCAUGUUCACAUAAAGUGUCACUCGAUGAAAGACUUGCCUGAAUCAGAUGAGGCAAUUGCACAGUGGUGCAUAAAUCAGUUUGUGGCUAAGGAUGCACUGUUAGACAAACACAUAGCGGCAGACACUUUCCCUGGUCAGCAGGAGCAGAACAUUGGCCGUCCCAUAAAGUCUCUUGCAGUGGUUUUAUCAUGGGCCUGCCUACUAACUCUAGGAGCAAUUAAAUUCUUACACUGGUCAGAUCUCUUUUCCUCAUGGAAAGGCAUGGCGUUGUCGGCACUUGGUCUAGGUGUCAUCACUCUCUGUAUGCAGAUCCUGAUCCGUUCCUCUCAGUCAGAGCGUUGGACCCCAGCCAAGACAAAUGACCAUCACCACGCAGGAUCAUUCUCCCAAACAGAUGUGGAGAAGGACAAGUAAAAAAAGAUGAUUCUAACAGAUCAAACGACAUACACAACAAGAAGCUUGUCAGUUUUGUUAUAAGUAACCAAAAAAAAAAUAUCAAAGUGAAAUCCUUUAAUAUCAUCGAUUUUUGUCCAGUUAUCAGUACUAUCUACACUUCUGUAGACCUUAGGAUUUUCUGUUUGUUCUUAAGUUCAUAGUCCUUGUAUAACUGGAUAGUUUCUAUUAUUAGAUUUGAAUUUGGGAUUGAUCUUUAGACUUGCUUUAUCGAAAACAGCUUAUUUUUGCAGCU